AUGUUUAAGUUUGUAUCGACUGUAGUAUUGUACGGAGUGCCCAUAGUAUCGUUGGUCAUAGAAAACCAAGAACGUUUGUGUUUGGCGCAAAUAUCAAAUACUUUAUUAAAACAGUUCAGUUACAACGAAAUACACAACCGGAGAGUGGCUCUAGGAAUCACUUGCGUUCAGUGUACGCCUGUUCAACUAGAAAUUCUUCGACGGGCUGGUGCAAUGCCAGUAUCUUCAAGAAGAUGUGGCAUGAUUACACGGCGCGAAGCGGAAAGGUUGUGCAAAAGUUUCUUGGGCGAUAACGCUCCUCCUCGAUUACCAGACGAUUUCGCUUUUGCCGUUCACCACGAAUGCGCAUGGGGUUGUCGUGGAUCCUUUUUACCCUCCCGUUAUAAUUCCUCACGGGCGAAAUGUAUCAAAUGUUCGGUUUGCGGAUUGUUUUUCUCGCCGAAUAAAUUUAUUUUUCAUUCUCACCACUUGACGGCCAAUGAUAAAUAUGUGCAGCCGGACGCCGCCAAUUUUAAUUCUUGGAGGAGACAUAUGAAAUUAAGCGGUAGUCCUCCCGAAGAAAUCGUACAUGCGUGGGAGGACGUUAAAGCUAUGUUCAACGGUGGUACCAGGAAACGUCUUCUUUCAUCUUCGGUUAUGUCCAACUCGUCGAAACAAAAUAAAAUCGAAACUCAGAACCAGCCCAUCGUUCCAUCGCCACGAAUAGCAAACUGUCAGGAUAUUUCGUUGCCCAUUUCUAGAGUUGCGAUGGAUUUGAUUUACCACAAACCUCUGGCGUUUUCCACAUACACGUCCUUUCCGUGGCUUAAAAGGAACCCUAUUCUAUUUCCUCAGGAUAAUCCGUUUUUCCCCAUCGAUAAGAGUUACCAGUCGGCUUUUAAACCAGUUCAAUCGAUUGUUGAGAAAUCGUCGUCGCAGAAGGACGAAGAGAGCGACAACGAAGUGGACAUCGAAACGACGGAUGAUAACGCGGAUGCCGCGGUUAGUUGGGAACCUAAAGAGGAGAAGGGCAUUGAAGCAUCUACAAUCACUCAAAUAUCGGUCUCUACCCCGAGAGAGGAUAUACCAACCAUUUCACACAAACUAUGGAAUCUCUCACGACUAUCAUUCGAUGAGUGCGAUAGGAGGCAUUUUUUGUACAGACAAGACUUGCAUCGACAUUUUUUAAUAGGAUCUGCAGAUGAACCUGCUUCAAUGAUUAGGAAUUCGGUGGGAAUGACUGUUGGCGUCAAACCUAACAUGGACUGUAGCACUUGUUCGAGUCAUAGCGGGAAUGUUUACUCUCAAAAUGAGGGCAGCAAUAAAGUGUCGUAAUUUUUUCAUGGCAUAAACAAAUUAAGUUAUAUUGUAAAAAUAAACUAUGUGCUCUUUAUUGGUUGAAAAUUUUCAUAUAAUGCUUGUCAAUUUUUUUAUAACUGCAUGCCGAUAUUUCUUAGAAAGCAGUGCAAGAAGCGUGCGGCAUAUGUGUUAAAUAAAAAAAUAAACUUGGUGUUGUACCGUACUAAUUAAUUAAAUAUUCCACUCAAUUAAUCAACAUUAACAGAGUUUAGCCAUUUCAAUGAAACUAAUAAC